AACUCCAUCUCCUUAGCUCCACUUGUUAUCAAUCCUCCUGUCUUUCCGGAUACAAACACCUUCUCACCUAGGCAUCUUAAUCGUCCGUAGCCGGAUCUGUUACUUGGCAUUAUCAUUUUAAUAACUCCUAGCUGUAUUCUAGUGGUGUAAUAUUUGGAAUCACCCUUAUCCCUCAAUACUUGAUUUUUAUAUACUUCUUGGGAUAAAGCUGUAUCUCUGGUUACCAUGGCAAACGAUUGGAAAACGAAUUACGUCGAUAAAAUCCUUAUGGCCUCUGGAAAUUUAACACAUGCGGCUUUAGUCGGAUUAGAUGGCGCAAUUUGGGCAGCCUCGGAUGACUUUAAGAUUAGCAGCGGUGAGGCUGGAUUCCUUAUUCGAGGGUUGUCCACCGCCGAGUCCCUGCGAGAAAACGGCGUUCUCAUUGGCGGUGUGAAGUACGUGCUUCUCCGGGCAGAGGACAGCUGUGUCUUGGCGCGGAAAGAGGGAACAGGGGUAUGCGUUGGCAAGAGCAGCACAGCCCUCGUCAUUGGAGUAUAUGGAAAGGAUCAUGUACCCGGAAAAGCCAAUACAACCGUACAGGACCUGGCGCAGUAUUUAGUUGGUCAGGGCAUCUAGGAUUUGCCCAUUUUUCUUAAGCAACA